CCUGCCUUGCGUGGAUGCAGCCCAGACGCUGCUUACCGAGUCGUUUGCUGCCCAAUGAAGCACUGCCUUGGCAGGUGUGAAUGGGACGGAAGGCUGGGCCACCUCGAGCCGUGACGCCCGUAAACUGGCAAGCGCAGAGCAACGUGCUGCAUUGUGGAGAGAGACCACCCUUGCACUUCCUUGCGUUCUUCAAACCGUUCCAUCUUACGUUCCAGCGACCUGAGACCACGGCUACACUUACAUUAGAUCCGCUCAUUUAAAAGCACCGCAAUGGCAAUCACAGCGUUGCCAGAAAGGGCCAAGGCAGAGCAGCGCUUCUCCAUCGAUGACAGUGGCAGCGAUGGCAAAUCAUCCGCCGCGCAGAAGGGCGGUACAGCCGCAGAUGAACGCGAGAUGGACAGGAUGGGGAAGGUCCAGGAAUUGAGACGCAAUUUCAAAUUCGUCGGAAUAGUAGGCUUUGUGACCAUUUUGCAAGCGACAUGGGAAUGCACACUUCUUGCCAACUACUUCGGUCUGCUCAAUGGAGGCACCGGAGGCGUCAUCUGGUGUACCAUCGCCGUGUGGGCACUGAUGAUGUGCAUGAUCGCUUCCAUGGCAGAGAUGGCCAGCAUGGCGCCCACUGCUGGCGGCCAAUAUCAUUACGUGUCUGAGUUUGCACCGCCGUCACUACAGAAGUCGCUUUCCUACGUUGUUGGCUGGUGCUGUUGUCUGGGAUGGAUUUGCGGCAUACCGGCGUGCGGACUCCAACUUGCUGGACUGGUCCAAGCCAUGGUAUUGCUUACCUUCCCGGAUGCCGAUGUCAGCACGCUGUGGCAGACGACCCUCUUGGUGUCGGCCUUUGUCUUGCUGACGGUGGGCUUCAAUAUCUACUUCGCCCACCAUCUGCCGCUGGCGGAAGGCAUCGUGCUCUUCCUGCACGUCUUCGCAUUCUUCGCCUUCCUGUUGACGUUGUGGAUCAUGGCGCCGCAUGCAUCAGCCAAGCAAGUCUUCUUCACAUUCAAUGACGGCGGCGGCUGGGGCAACGUCGGACUGUCUUGUCUGGUCGGUCUGGCCACGCCCAUAUGGUGCUUCAUUGGUCCAGAUGCUGGCGCGCAUAUGUCUGAGGAGCUAAAGGACGCUUCACUGCAGCUCCCGCGCGCCAUGAUAUGGGCGACAUUCGGAAAUGGCAUUAUGGGCAUCGGCAUGCUCAUUACGUUCUGCUUCUGCAUCACAGACCUGCAGGCACUGCUGGACUCCGACAGCGAGUACCCGGUCAUCAACGUGCUUUACUCGGCCACGCACUCCUACGCCGGGACGGUUGUGCUGGGUUGCGUGCUUAUCGUGUUGCUGUUCUUCUCCACCGUCACGACCAUAGCUAGCGCUUCGAGACAGGUGUGGGCUUUCAGUAGAGACUGCGGUCUUCCGUUCUCGACAUGGAUACGUUACGUGCCGCCAACCUGGGAAGUACCAGUCAAUGCGCUUCUCGUCUGUCUAGGCGUCUCACUCAUCCUGUCAGCCAUCAAUUUCGGCUCCGACACUGCCUUCCAAGCCAUCUUAAGCGUGUCAAACGCCGCCUUGAUCUUCAGCUACAUCAUAUCAAUAGGCUGCGUACGGCUGAAAAGACUGCGCGGCGAACCGCUGCUUCCUCGCAGAUGGUCGCUCGGCAGAUGGGGCGGACCGAUCAACGACAUUACGCUCGCUUUCCUCUUCGUCGGCUUCGUGUUCUCGUUCUUCCCGGAGGCGCCGUCAGUGGGCGAUCCGAACUGGGCGGCGGACUUCAACUGGGCGAUCGUUAUUUUCGCCGCCACGUGUCUGCUUGCCUUACUCUACUACGUCUGUGGCGGGCAUCGACAGUAUGUGGCGCCAGUUUCGCUGGUGAAGCAGGACUAGCUGGACUCGAGCCUUCCAUUCAUGUCAUCCGGGCGAUGAUGAUCGGCCACUGUGCGAGUACAAGUGUCAAAUGGACGUCUGUAGGGUGUCGGCGGUACACUGUUUCACGCAUCUAGCAUCUGC